UUGUCAUCCCAAAGUCAAAAAUUUCCAUUCGUGUCGUAGGCUAAUUUGCGUGAGUCCACGGUUGAUCUAUUUUGAAUCCAAAACGAUCGUAUACGGAGCAACUUAAUUCAGUUGCUUCCCAUCACCCACCGCGUGAAUGAUCUCUCCAGGCAGCACCACGCCAGCAGUUUCGUCAUCACUGUCAGUUGAAUCCGCCGCUUCGUUGGGAACGACGCUUUCCCGUGUGACCUUUUGUAGUAGCAACGUUAGUUCGGAAUCUCUUCAAAGCGUAGUGGAGUCCUGUAGUUCAUUGCUUACUUUAGCCACUGAAACGCUGUUCCUGGUAGGAACCGGUGCUCUCGGAAUGCUAAGUGUCCUGCAGCGGGGCGAGACGUCCGAACUGAUCAAGUAUGCUGCUCUGAUGACCGGUGGAACGAUGUUGCUGCUGCUGCUCACCAGCGGCGGCGGAAGGGAGCGGAGAACAAGACGCUCCACCGAGCGGCUAGUCGUGAUCGUGACCGGAUGCGAUUCUGGAUUAGGCUUCAACAUCGCCAAACUGUGUCUCAGUUUGGGCUUUACCGUCUUUGCCGGAUGUUUGAACAAAGACUCGGAAGGAUCCCGUUUGCUGCAGGAACAAGACGGCACCACUGGCCGCUUGUUCAUCGAACAGCUGAACAUCACGCUCGAAGAACACGUGCUGGUAGCAAACAAAUCCGUCAAGACGUUCCUGGAGCAAAAUCCCGACUAUGAAUUAUACGCCCUCAUCAACAACGCCGGUGUGAUGUGCUUCGGUGAGUUCGAAUGGCAGUUGAACGCGCACUUCGAGCAGCAGGUCGAUGUAAAUGUGAUCGGAACGAUGCGGGUGACGAAAUCCUUCCUACCGAUGCUGCGCCGGUACCGGGCUCGGCUGAUCAACGUUACCAGUCAUUGUGCGCUGCAAGCCCUGCCCGGCCUAUCGGUUUACUCGGCAACGAAGGCAGCGUUGCACUUUUGGACCGACGGUUUACGCAUGGAAAUGUCCAACUACGGCGUACCGGUGGUUAACUUUAUUCCCGGUUCGCUGGUGAUGCAGAGUAAUAUUUGUGCCAAUCAGAUGCGCUAUGCGGCGGAAAUGAAAUCUGCGUUCAGUGCUGAACAGUUGGAAUUCUAUGGGAGCUAUUUUGACGAGUACAACGGCUAUCUGAAGUUUAUUUCGGGAGCGAAACCGGUUCAAUGUCUACCGAAGGACCACCCGGUACUGAAACGAUUCGAGGACGCACUGCUAGACGAGUCGCCGAGCCGGAUUUACAAGUGUGAACCGUGGCGCUACCGGUUGUACCAUCUGCUGUUUCGCAUAACACCGACCGUGAUCCGAGAUUGGCUGGUACGGAGAUUCGUGUCGAUGCCGCUGUAUCGCUCGCCGGAGAAGCUAAAAGGCAACAUGGCUGCACAAAACAUGCCGAACUAGCUCAUUCAGGAAGUUUUGAAUUAAUGAAGAAACUAUGCUACAGAAACUUCCACUGGAUGUUCAACUUCCCUAUUCCCAAACGGACGAAGUGAUGAAGAGGCUUAGAUUGUAACCAAAUUUUUCUUUGAAUAUAAGUGUAUUUUUCAAAAUUUCAAAUGAAUUAGCCAGAAAAAUGUUAGCUGUAUAGAUUUAUAGAGUCGAUUUGUCCUCAGGUUUGUUAAAAGCAAGUCUAUAUUUUUGUCCAAUUUUUUUUUCAUUUGCAUUUACACGCACGAAAAUUUAGCAUAUUUA